UUAGUGUAUUUAGUGAAUGUCACUUUUUGUCAUUUUCAAAUUUCCCACCGUUCCGUCCCCUGUACGUCCCAACGCUCGCAGAGGACGGAACCCAGAUGACAGAUGCCGGCAUCCGCCAGAUUACAUUGCCGGGAACACUGCAGGAGGGACAUCGUGGGAGCGCAGGACAAGGUAAGUGAAGAACAGAUGCCGGAGCAGCACUGCAUGGUAAGCCCGAGUAUAGCUCGGGGUUACCGCUUUUGGUACUGAAACUUUACCCCGAGCUACACUCGGGAAUACCACCAGGGAGGCAGCAAGAAACAUAUUGGGGGGGGAUUUACUAACACCAGAGCACUCAGAAUCUGGUGCAGCUGUGCA